AUGGUCAAUGUCUCCCGAGAGUACAUAAUAAAGCUCAAGCAAAGAGCAGAAGUGGCGGAACAGCGUCAAAGGGUGGAGAAUUCUACCGACCACAGUCAAGCUUCGCCCCAAAGGCGACAGGUUCUCCAGCACCGCGAGUCUGCGAGGCAUCCCCUUGAGGAAGCCUCUUCAGGUCCCUCGGACCCAGUCUCAUAUUUGCGUAACGACAACAUAAUCCGAAAUCGAGGCAUUGACCGCGCCCAAGGCCGAAUCUCGUCAGAUUCGAUCAGCGGUGCAGGUACCGUCACUCAACCCGAUAGACCCUCCAUUCACGGUCGUUCACCACUAGCUCAAGAGCUCGACGAGAAUAGGAUUUCGAAAAGGGACUUUCCUUCGAAGGCCCCUUCCGCGGGGAGAUCAGAGAAGACUCAAUCAUGGUCUCUCCAACCUUGCCAUGACACCGCCACAGAUUUUGAAGAGCCAAACCCCGAUGACUUUUACGGAGACUCGUCCACCCUUUCUUUCAUGCAGGCCGUUCAAACAACUAUUAUCUCGAACUCUUCUCCGGAUUCAGUAUCGCCAGACUCAAAUUACAUUAGAAGUGGAACAAAGCCCCGCCCAGCCAGAGCAGCCUCAUUCAGGUUUGGGGUGGAGAAUUGCUUGCCUCAGAGAUCGCUUGCUGACGAUUUGGUAAACUCUUACUUUCGCUACGUCCAUAUUCUGUACCCGUUCUUGCACCGGCCCUCAUUCGAGGCCCAGUAUGAACGUACAUGGGUCUCAGGAGAGCAACAAGACGAUCAGUGGCUUGCUAUGUUGAACGUCAUCUUCGCUCUUGGGAUUCAUUUCGCCUAUGGACAGGAAGAUAAAUCCGCGGCGAGUGAUCGGUUCUUUGGUUAUGCGCAGAAACUCGUGUCGAUGGAGCAGUUUGCUCACGCAAAUCUGCAAACAUUACAGCUCCUUUUGCUCAGCGGCCUCUAUUACCAGUCCACCAGUCGACCAAAUCAGACAUGGAACGUGAUAGGGUUAGCAAUAAGGAUUGCCACCACCAUUGGUGCUCACGUCGAUCCCAUGCCGUCUCAAUAUAAUCCCUUGCAGAUUGAAGUACGAAGGAGAUGCUGGUAUGGGUGUAUUGUACUGGAUUCGUGGGUACAAGUGCUAUCUUCUCGCCAGAAUUUACUAACCACUUCAAGGGUUUUAGCCCUUAACUUCGGACGUCCCACUGCCAUUCCAAGCACAUUUGGUGUCUCGCUGCCUUCAGAUCUUGAUGAUGAGUAUAUCACCGAAGAAGGAUACCUUGAACAACCGGGACAUGUCCUGCCCAAGACCACGGUCUUCACUAAGUCGGUGGCGUUCUGUUCCAUCAUGAAAGACGUUUUAUACACCCUGUACUCGCCUCUCAACGGUUCUGGCCACCGACAAAGCGGCAAGGUAUAUCAGCCUCCCGAGUUCAAAGAUGCUGUCAGCCUAGACAAGAGCUUGGUUGAGUGGUUUCAAGGGCUCCCCGAGUACUUGAAAGUAGGAGCCUUGAAUGAGAUGGAAGAAUUCCGACGGACCAGAAAUAUCCUCAUCGCUAGGUUUCUGAACCUAAGAGUUCUGAUCCAUCGACCAUUCGCCUCUCUUUGGCAGCAGUCCUCUGCCGGCUCCGAGCCGGUGUACCUCGCUUCUCUUGACAACUCCCUUCAUUCUAUGUGCGUCACAGUGUGCAAGUCAGCUGCUAUACAGCUGGUGAAUGUCAUCAGCAACAAUUAUUAUCAAGGGCUGUCAAGCGCUUGGUGGACAGAUAUGACCUAUCUAUUUACUGCAGCAACCGUUCUGCUGGCCAUCGAAUACGAAUGCGAGGACCCGGAAGAGAGCGAUGCGACCGAAAGGGCCUUUGAACAAGCUCUUAUAAUUCUGGGUGAAAUGCAGGGGCGCUCUUCUAUGGCAUCAUCAUAUGUCACCAUGUUGAAGAAGGCGAAGGAAGCCCAAGACUCCGCACAGAUCGCCCCGAUAGUCCCGACCUCGUCGCCAAGAACGCGAUCAAACAAUGCAGCACCUAGAAAUUCUGGUUCCGCCUCUGAGCUCGCGUCAAAUGGGAUCAACUUGGACGAAUUCUUGAAAGAUGACGCCAGAGCCGACGCGCCUUUCCCGUCGUGGAACAUGCAAGACUUUUUCCUGGUACCUUGGGAUAUGAUGAUGGUAGACAAUCCCAUGCCCACAUUCCAAUCUUGA